AUGUCUGAAUACGGCGAAGAGGUUGAAGAAGCUCCAAUAGUCAUCAAGGAAGACCCUGGCAAAAAAUUCUUCAUUGCCACCCUUAAUACUUACUCAGGCAAAGCUUUGCUUAAGGAAUUAAGAAAUGAUCAUUUAGUUAAAGAAGAAUAUGCAGCUCAUUAAUUCGUCGGAACUCUAGAUAAAUUUGAAGAAGAUAAUUCAGGAUUAAAAUAAGUUCCACCUGAAGGGGUUCAGAGAGUUGUUCAAAUGGAAAGAACUAAGGAAUUCAGAGAGACUAUCCUUGAAAGUGAUGUAAUCGUGUACGAUUUGCUCAAUAAUAAAUUUGAAGAAGUUGACUAUGUGAUUAAAACACUCAAAACAAGCAAUCUCCAAUAAGAAAAAACACUUAUACUAUUGUCAAGCGUUAUGACUUGGGUGAAUACUCCUCCUAAAUAUCCAAAGAUAGUCGAAGAGGGCGAAGAAGGUGAAGAGGCAAAUGAAGAGGCUGAAGAAGCAGAGGAAGAACCAGAAGGUGAUGCUGAACCAGAGGAGGAUGCUGAAAAGGAUGAAAACGGAGAGCCAAUUAAAAAACCUAAGGUACUGUUCUUUAAAGAAACAGACUACCAUCUCAGAGUCCCACUUGAGGAAUAUCAAUAUUUAAAAACACUUGAAACAUUAGCAAUGUCAUCUGUAAAAACUCAACCUAAAUUAAAAGUUCAUGUAUUGUGCAGUGGUAUCAGAUAUGGUAAUGGCGAAAGACAAUUUUAUGAGCUUUUUAAAAGUGCAUGGCUUUAGAGCCCAUCAGAUCUUCCAUAUCUUUCUAAGGGUGAUAAUUUGAUUCCAACAAUUCACGUUAUUGAUCUCGCUAGACUUGUUAGAAGAAUUGUGUAAGAUAAAGUUACCAAGCAAUACAUAUUUGCCAUGGAUAGAACAUCCAAGCCAUCUUAAAUAAGAAUAAUCUAAGCUAUUUCUAAGGGCAUGGGAACUGGGCUUAUUUCCAGAUACAACUCUGAAUGGACAUUCCCAUUUUCUGAAAAAGUCAAAGAAUUCUUGAGAAUAAACUUGAAAAUGAAAACAUCUGAAGUAUUUAAGGAUGGAGAACCACCUGAAGAUGCUGAAGAUUAAGAGGAAGCAGCCAAGAAACUGAAGUUCCCAUGGCACUCAGAGAAGGGUGUCAUCGAUAAUAUGAGACUCUUAAAUAAUGAAUUCAAUUAAUUCAGAGGACUAAAUCCAGUUAAAAUCUUUGUAACUGGUCCACCAGCAAGUGGGAAAACUCAUUACGCUACUUUUUUAGAAGGAUACUACAAUAUUCCUCGUGUAAACGUCAAGCAAUUAGUUGAUAAGGCUUUCGAAAUGGCUAAAAUUGAAGAGGAAGGUGAGACCAACGAAUUAGUAGCAGAGAUUAAGACGAAAGUAGAGGAAUUGAGAUAAGCCAUGGCUGAUUAAAUUCUGGAAAACAGACCAGAGGGCGAAGAAGAACCCCCUGAAAUCGAUAAAGAAAAGCUACCUAUCAGACUUCCAGACGAUAUUCUUUACAAACUUUUGAAGCUAGCUUUGAAUGAAAAUGCUUGCAGAAAUAGAGGUUAUAUUCUUGAUGGCUAUCCAAGGACCUUCAAGGAUGCAUGUGAAGUAUUCUUAAAAAGAAAGCAAAAGUUUGAUGAAGAAGGAAAUCCAAUUGAAGAAGAUGAACCAGAACUUGAGGAGGGAGAGCAAAAAUCAUAUGAUAACUAUGAACCAGAUAAAGACAUAUUCCCUUCUAGUGUCUUAGUCCUAAAGGGAGAAGAUGAUUUCUUGAUAACCAGAGUUAAGUCAUUGACUGAGUAAGUUGUUUAGAACACACAUUAUAAUGAACAGGACAUGCUAAGAAGAUUAAAAGCCUACGCUUCAGCUAACAAGUCUGUUAUAGCUGAGCCCUCAGUGCAUCAAUUCUUCUAGCAAUAUGGAGUCAACUAACUCCAUGAAGAAAACUGCCAAACAGAAGAAUAGAAAUCAAUUGCUGCCUUCAAAAUAUACAUUGAAAGAUUUGAAAAGCCAGUUAAUUGGACAUCAGCGUAUACUGAAAAAGUAUCCAUGCAGUAAUACCAUGAAAGAAUUUUAGACAAUAGAGAAGCCAAGAUUGAGCAAGAACUUCGUAAGUAAAAGGAAGCUUACACUAAGUAAAGACUUGACUUGAUCAAGGAACAGGAAAGAGAUUUGCUAGACACUAAGUCUUAGCCAAUUCGUUAAUACUUAAUGGACAACUUAGUGCCUAUUCUCACUGAUGGACUAAUUGAAGUGUGCAAAAAGACCCCUGAUGACCCAGUUGACUAUUUGGCAGAGUAUUUAUUCAAAAGAUCACUCGAUGUCCCUUACCCUGAUCCAACUAGCUAUUGA